AUGAGUAAUUCACAGUUAAAAACGCAAAGACCGCAAAAGGAUCAAUAUUCAGUUGAAGUCACUGGUUCUCCCGAUAUUCCUGGAGAGGGAAAACCUCGUCGAAAUGCUCUUUGUCCCGAUAAAUUAAUUGUUCAUCCUAAUGGAGCUACCACAUUAUAUGAAAAUUUCUUAAAUGGCGUUAAAGAAGCAGGUGAUGGAAAUUUCCUGGGACGCCGAGAAAUUAAAGAUGGACCUUACGUAUGGCAAUCAUAUCGUGAAGUUCAAAAACGGGUAUCGAAUUUCGGAUCAGGUUUAAAUAAGAUGGGAUUGAAACCUAAAGAUCUCGUGGGAUUUUUCUCAAUUAAUACACCUGAAUAUGUAAUGGCACAACUUGCAUGUUAUCAAUACAAUUUCAUCUCAGUACCUUUAUAUGAUACAUUAGGAGCUGAAGCUAUAGAAUUUAUUGUAAAUCAAACGGAAAUGGUUUAUAGUUUGGUCACAGCUAAUAAAGUUCAACAUCUUCUUAACAUGAAAGAUAAAUUACCAACCCUUAAAACCAUUAUAAUUACGGAUCAAUAUGACCCAGAACUCACUGAACUUGCGAAUUCACUUGACGUUAAAAUUGUAAAUUUUAACCAUGUUGAAAAGGAUGGAUCCAUUCAUCCUGUUGAAGCUAAGAAUGCUAAACCUGAUGAUACCGCCAUCAUUUGUUAUACUUCUGGUACAACAGGUACACCCAAGGGCGUUGUGUUAACCCAUAAAAAUAUUAUGGCUAACGUUGCUAGUGUUAGAUGGCUUGCUGAGAAUGGCAAAUUAUUUUUAGCAUCACCAGAUGAUGUUCAUAUUUCAUACCUACCAUUAGCCCACGUAUUUGAAUUAGUUAACACGGCUACUAUGAUUUAUGGAGGAACGGCGAUUGGAUUUUAUCAAGGGGAUACCUUGAAAUUGUUGGAUGACAUUGCAGAAUUAAAACCGACUGUAUUCAUUUCGGUACCACGCUUACUUAAUCGUGUUUAUGAUAAAGUAAUAGCCGGCGUUAAAGCUAAAGGUGGCGUUGCACAAUGGAUGUUUACUACCGCACUUAACACAAAGAAAAAUGGUUUAAAUAAAGGAAAUGUUGACCAUUGGAUGUGGGAUCGUGUAGCUUUUGCUCCAAUUAGAGCUAGACUUGGAGGUAGAGUAAGAACCAUUUUAUCAGGUGCCGCACCUAUUUCAUCUGAAGUCAUGGAUUUCUUGAGAAUUGCUUUCUCAGCCGAUGUUUAUGAAGGAUAUGGACAAACAGAAAAUGCUGCUUGUUUAACUAUAACUUUGCAUGGUGAUAUCGCGUCUGGUCACGUUGGUUCACCACAAGUUUGUGUUGAAGUUAAACUUAUUGAUGUACCAGAUAUGCAUUAUACCUCCAAGGAUAAACCAUAUCCUCGAGGUGAAAUUUGUGUUCGUGGCCAUAGCGUUUUCCAUGAAUACUAUAAACUUCCCGAAAAAACUGCGGAGACUCUUGAUAAAGAUGGAUGGUGUCAUACCGGAGAUAUUGGCCAAUGGGAUAAAUGUGGUCGUCUAGUUAUUAUUGAUCGUGUAAAAAAUAUUUUUAAACUAGCUCAGGGUGAAUAUAUUGUACCCGAAAAGAUUGAAAAAAUAUACACUAAACAUGAACUUGUUUUUCAAGCAUUCGUUUAUGGUGAUUCUUUACAACCUUCAUUAGUUGCUGUUAUCGUACCUAAUGAUGAAGCACUUUUGAAAUAUGUCAAGCAAAAUAAUUUGAUAAAAACAUCAUAUAAGAAAUUAUGUACCGAACCUCAAAUUAAAAAACAUUUUCUUCAAACUCUUAACAAAUAUGGUAAAGCCAAUGAUUUGAAAGGGUUUGAAUGUAUUAAAAACAUUCAUUUGGCUUAUGAACCAUUUUCCAUAGCAAAUGGUUUACUUACUCCAACAUUUAAAUUAAAAAGACAUCAAGCGAGGAUUAAAUUUCAAAAAGAGAUUGAUCAAAUGUAUAUGGAAAUCUCAUAA